AAUGUGUUUUUAAUGAUUACCAUUCAAAACCGGUUACUGAAGGAGCUCCGAUCCUGUUGUAAGGGCCUGUUUUAGCUAAUGUCUUGUUGGUAUAUUAAUAUACUUGUUGCGAUUUAAUCUCCUUUUGGGUCAUUUCAGUUCUGCACAUGGAAGAAGAAGGUCGUUUGCAAAUAAAUGCCAGGGUUGUUUUUGCUUCUAAUCGAAGGAAUCCUCGAUUGUUUAUACUUGCUGAUGUUUAAUAUAUCAUGAUAAACGGACGUAAUUAAUCUAUGCGCAUUUAGAUAUUGUGAUGGAAUACCUAUAUCGUAUUUUUAGAUUUUUGUUAAUUGAAUUAUCAGUUAUGCAGUUUAUUUAUAUAGCAGGGAGGUAGGCAGAUAUAAAUUUGCUUACUUUUGAUAUAGUUUGUAUUUAUUGUACAGAUAUAUCUGUGUAAUUACCGAAUGACUUAAUCAUUAAAUUGAUUAAUAGCUUUUCUGUUAUACUUUGCAGUUAUCAUAAUGACUAUUUGUUGUGUGAUCUGCUACAAUUUAAUCCUGGAGUAUUGAGGUGCUUAUUUGUGAAUUACUGGAAGGUAUACAUUUAAACGAGAGGUAAAAGAGCAAGUCGAUAUUCGAAGGUAAUAUGAAUUAUUAAAUUGGUAAUAUGUCUUGCAAAUUUCUGCAGGAUUAUGUGGUUUCCCAGCGAGUUUUGAUAACAAUGCAUUCCUUUGUAAUGCAGGGUUAAAAAUAGAUGUGUGUAAACAUCCAUGAUAGCAGUGUAGCAGACGAUUUCUGUAUACAUACAAAGUGGCGAGUUGUUGAUGUAGUCUGUUACACUAUAUACAUAAUAUGUAGUAUAAACACGUGGAAGUGGCUAUUACUCAUGAUACCUGCUUACAAACAGAGGGUUUAAGCAACUUUAUCAGACUUUAUCUCGCUGAAAAGCAUUUUCUUAUAAAAUGAAGUAAUUAUAUUUCCAUUUCACAUAUAUUUAACAAGUCGACAAAGUUAAAUUUUCUUGAGCACGGAUCAUGUAAUUAAGUGCGCAUGUGGCAGUUAACUAAGUAACGGUUCGUUUUUCAAUAUACCGCCGUUCUUGAAGUAUGUUUGUUUUCACUCCUGUUGGCUUAUGUAUAUGGUUUGUAAAUAUAGAAUAAUAUUGCUAAUAAAACAAUCGAAUGUUUGAAUAAAUAUAAAGCAAGUUGUCAUUUGUAGAAGGAUGAUUGUUUUCAGUUCAUAAUCUGUUGUUAGCCCAAUUGGUAAUGUCUGAUUGUAUCAGCCCGUAUUGGCUUAGAAAAAAGGGUGCCAUCAUUAUCUAUUGUAGUGGAUGGUACUUGGAUUUUGAAUUUAUGAUUACUGCUUAAUGCUGAACUGUUUUUAGCCCAUUUGGCUAUGUGCGGUCGUUUCUAAUAACUGAAAAAGAAAGUUAAGAAAGUUGCUAUUAUAUUCAUUGUGUUGGAUGGUAACUUGAUUUUUGAAUUAAGUUUAAUGUAUAUUGACUGUGUUUCGCCCAUUUGGCUAUGUUCGAUCUUUAAAAAAAAAAAAAAAAAAAAUGGUUGCCGAUUAUAUCCCUUGUGUUGGAUGGUAACCUGAUUUUGAAUUUAUGAUUAAUGUAUAUUGAUGAACUGUGUUUAGCCCAUUUGGCUAUGUUCGAUCAUUUCAAAAAAUAAAUGGAUAAAUAAAUAAAUAAUAGGUUGCCAAUUAUAUCCAUUGUGUUGGAUGGUAACCAGAUUUUGAAUUUAUGAUUAUUGUACAUUGAUGAUCUGUGUUUAGGCCCAUUUUGCUAUGUUCGAUCAUUUCAAAAAAAAAAAAAAAAAAAAAAAAAAAUAGGUUGCCAAUUAUCUCCAUUGUGUUGGAUAGUAACCAGAUUUUGAAUUUAUGAUUGUUGUAACCAGAUUUUGAAUUUAUGAUUGUUGUACAUUGAUGAACUGUGUCAGCCCAUUUGGCUGUGUUCGAUCUUUCAAAAAAAAAAAAAAAAAAAAAGAAAGAUAGGUUGCCGAUUGUAUCCAUUGUGUUGGAUAGUAACCAGAUUUUGAAUUUAUGAUUAUUGUACAUUGAUGAACUGUGUUUAGCCCAUUUGGCUAUGUUCGGUCAUUAAAAAAAAAAAAAAAAACAACAACAAAAAAAAAAAAAAAAAAAAAAAAAAAAAACAACAGGUUGCCCACUAUAUCCAUUGUGUUGGAUGGUAACCAGAUUUUGAAUUUAUUAUUAUUGUACAUUCAUGAACUGUGUCAGCCCAUUUGGCUAUGUUCGAUCUUUCAAAAAAAAAAAAAAAAAAAAAAGAAAAAGGAAAAAGGUUGCCGAUUAUAUCCAUUGUGUUGGAUGGUAACCAGCAGAUUUUGAAUUUAUGAUUAUUGUACAUUGAUGGACUGUGUUUCGCCCAUUUUGGCUAUGUCUAAUCAUUUCAAAAACAAAAUAAUAGGUUGCCGAUUAUAUCCAUUGUGUUGGAUGGUAACCGGAAUUUGAAUUUAUAAUUAAUGUAUAUUGAUGAAUUGUGUUUAGCCAAUUUGGCUAUGUUCGAUCAUUAAAAAAAAACCAAAAAAAAAAAAAAAUAUUUGGUUGCCCAUUAUAUCCAUUGUGUUGGAUGGUAACUAGAUUUUGAAUUUAUGAUUAUUGUACAUUGAUGAACUGUGUCUAACCCAUUGGCUAUGUUCGAUCAUUUAAAAAAAAAAAUAAAUAAAAAAAAUAAAAAUAAAAAAGAAGAAAAUAAAAUUAAUAGGUUACCGAUUAUAUCCAUUGUGCUGGAUAGUAACCUGAUUUUGAAUUUAUGAUUAAUGUAUAUUGAUGAACUAAGUUUCGCCUAUUUGGCUAUGUUCGUUCAUUUAAAAAAAUAAAUAAAUAAAAAAAAUAAAAAAAUUAUGAUGUCGAUUAUAUCAUUGUGUUGGAUGGUAUCCAGAUUUUGAAUUUAUGAUGAAUGUAUAUUGAUGAACUGUGUUUCGCCCAUUUGGCUAUGUUUGUUCAUUUAAAAAAAUAAAAUAAAAUAAAACAGGAUGCCGAUUUCAUCCAUUAUGUUGGAUAGUCACCGGAUUUUGAAUUUAUAAUUAAUGUAUAUUGAUGAACUGUGUUUGCCCAUUUGGCUGUGUUCUAUCAUAAAACAGAGUUGCUCAUUAUAUUCACUGUGUUGGAUGGUAAUUAGAUAUUGAAUUCAUGCCUGAUGGAUAUUGAUGAACUUAUUUUAGCCCAUUUGUUAAAUGAUGGACCAUUUCAGCCUUAUUGACUGAUUGCCUACUAUAGAUAUUGUGUAUGCUGGUGACAUAAUUUCGAAUUGAUGUGCUGCCAAAUUGCAAGUUUGUCAUAUUUUCAUGUCUAUCGCAAAGUUUGUUCCGGGCUAGUGACAAUUAACAUAUAUUAAUAUACUUUAUGUCAAAUUGUCAUGUCAAUAAUUUAAUAUUUCUAGAUAAUGUCACGAUCAACACAUCAAAAACCCAAGGAGUUCCGCAUCACAGUCCUAUUGAUACAGCCACACCGCAACGUUUCAGCCCCGCAACUGACGAAUCUGAACCCGCAGCUGCCAGCAACUUGGGGUUGUGGUGAGCCUUAAUUAUUGUUACAGAACACCAUUGUCCCGUGUUUGCACCGUGACGGAGCAUUUUGGCUGAUGAUUCGCUGCACUGUCAGACAGCGUUGAACAAAAUGGUACAUCUUAUGUGUUCAAGUCCAGCCUACCCCUUCCUUGCCUUCAGUCGUUACAGCUUCACAUGGAAUAUUGGCAGUGUCAUGUCACUUGUUGAUUUAUGGACACAACAGUGUUUGUUUCCAGAACUGUGAAAUGUGUAUGUGGCAUAUAUAAACGUUUAAAGUAGUCACUUAUUCUGUAUGUCUGUUUUUAUAUACCUGAUCUCCGUUGAAUUCUGAUCCCAGGUUCGGCGGUUAGGUCAGCCUCCACCAGUAUAUCUUAACGUUGUGUAAUAAGAAGUUUGUUUGUUUCAAGUAUACUGUAUAAGGACUCUGUUCCCAGGGCCUCGACAUCUGCAUUUUAACCAUAUACUUUAUAUCAUAUGUAUUUGUAUAUUGACAUUUAUGUGAAGCUGUGACCAAUUUCUGCCAAACAUUAAUCAAAACCAAAUUAGUUAUUAAUUGCUAUAGUAAAAUUGUUAAUAGUAAAAGUAAUGUAUUCAUACAACUGUCUUGAGUUGUUCUUUUAUAGUAUUAUUAUUUUCUGUGCCAAGCUAUCUUCAGUAAUUGGAUUUCAGAAGGAAGUGGCUGGAGAAUAGAGUCAGUUGAUGCUCAUUAUAUAAAUAGAUAUAAGUAUAGUCCUUUGGCUGCUUCAAGUUAUUUAGAAUUACCAAAACCAUUACAACAUCCAAUGAAAGGAUUAAUAAAUAUAAAGAAUGAUGAUAACGAAUGUUUUAGAUGGUGUCAUUUAGCUUACAAAUUUCCUGUUAAAGAAACCCUCAUAGAGUUUCAAAAUACAAAAAACAUAUAAACGAUCUUGAUUAUUCUGGAAUUAAAUUUCCUGUUACAUUAAAUCAAAUACCUAAAAUAGAAGUUUUAAAUGAAAUAUCAUUUAAUAUAUUUGGUUGGUCAUCGACCUCCGGAGACGGAGUCUCUGGUUAUGAAGAAAAUAGUAUUUAUCCAUUGUACAUAUCAAAAUAUCAUUAUUCUGAAAGAUGUGACAUGUUAUUAAUUACCAACGAAAAACAACAACAUUAUGUUUGGAUAAAAGACUUUAAUAGAUUAAUGUUUAAUAAAACCAAAGAUCAACAUAAAAAACAUUUUUGUAAAUCAUGUUUACAGAAUUUUUCACAAGAAAGAAUAUUAAAUGAACAUAUAUCAAAUUGUUUAGCUAUUAAUGGUACCCAAGGUGUAAAAAUGCCAAAAGAGGGAAGUAAAGUACAAUUUAAAAAUUAUCAUAAAGGUUUAGCAGUACCUUUUGUAAUUUAUGCUGAUUUUGAAUCAAUAACUAAAAAAGUUUUAACUGCUUUACCAUCAACUGAAUCUUCAUUUCCUGGACCAAAGACGAAGUCUUCGGAAAGUUACACUUUACCAUAUCAAAAUCAUAUAGAUUGUGGUUACGGCUAUAAAGUUGUUUGUUGUUAUGACGAUAAAUAUACUAAACCAACCCAGAUUUAUAGAGGCCCUAAUGCAGUUUAUAAGUUGAUUGAAAAAAUGCUUGAGGAAGAGGAAUAUUGUAAAGAAAUAUUUAGUGUUAACUUUAACAAAGAACUAAGAAUGUCUAAAAAAGAUGAAAGUGAAUUUAAAAAACAAAAGUUUUGUCAUAUUUGUGAAAAAGAAUAUAAGGAAAAUGAAAAUCCUGUUCGAGAUCACUGUCAUAUAACAGGAAAAUUUAGAGGAAGUGCUCACUCAGAAUGUAAUAUUAAUUUUAAACUAACACAUAAAAUUCCUGUUAUUUUUCAUAAUUUAAGAGGUUAUGAUGGUCAUUUUAUUAUGCAACAAAUAGGAAAAUUUAAAAAAGAAAUUAAUGUUAUUCCUAACAAUAUGGAAAGAUAUAUGGCAUUUAUGAUUUCCGACUUGGUCUUUAUUGAUUCAUUCCAGUUUAUGUCUCAAUCAUUGGAUAACCUAGUAAAAAAUAUUCCAGAAUUUAAAUACUUAUCUCAAGAAUUUGAUUGUGAAAGCAUUAAUUUAUUAAAAACAAAAGGUGUUUAUCCAUAUGAUUACAUGGAUUCAUUUAAAAAAAUCAAAGAAACAGAAUUACCUUCUAAAGAAGAGUUUUAUUCAAUUUUAAAUGAAACACACAUAUCUGACAACGAAUAUGAACAUGCUAAAAAUGUUUGGCAUAAAUUUAAAAUUAAAACAAUGGGAGAAUAUCAUGAUCUAUAUUUAAAAACUGACGUAUUACUUUUAGCUGAUGUAUUUGAAAAUUUUAGAAAACUAUGUUUAGAGUACUACAAAUUAGAUCCUUGUCAUUAUUUUAGUAGUCCUGGGUUAGCUUGGGAUGCAAUGUUAAAAAUGACUGGAAUUAAGUUAGAUUUAAUAACUGAUAUUGAUAUGUAUCUUUUUAUUGAAAAGGGACUGAGAGGAGGAAUAAGUUAUAUUUCAAACAGAUACAGUAAAGCAAACAAUAAAUAUAUGAAGGAUUAUAAUCCUAAACUUGACAGCAAAUACAUUAUGUACCUCGACGCCAAUAACCUUUACGGUUGGGCUAUGUGUCAACCUUUGCCCUCUGGAAACUUUAAAUUUAUAUCCGAAAAACAAUUUAAGAAAUUAAUUGCAAAAGGUAAAACUAACUUUAUAGUUGAAUGUGAUCUUGAAUAUCCAAAAGAAUUACAUAAAACCCACAACGAUUAUCCUUUAGCUCCUGAAAAAAUUAAAAUACCAGAUCAAUGGCUUUCUGAUUAUAGUAAAAAUAUUAAAACAGAAUUUGAAAUAGGAAAAAGUAAUGUAAAAAAAUUAGUUCCAACUUUAAUGAAAAAACAAAAUUAUAUAGUUCAUUUUAAAAAUCUUGAACUAUAUACACAAUUAGGGUUAAAAGUAACAAAAAUACAUAAAAUAUUAACUUUUGAUUCAUCUCCUUGGUUAAAAAAGUAUAUUGAUUUUAAUGCUCAAAAAAGAUCUAAAGCAAAAAAUUCAUUUGAAAAGGACUUUUUUAAGUUAAUGAACAAUUCUGUAUUUGAUAAGACGAUGGAGAAUUUACGCAAGAGGGUUAAUAUUAAAUUAACACAUGAUGAAAAUAUUUUAUUAAAAUACAUAGCCAAACCUUCAUUUGUUAGUUCAACGAUGUUUAACUCUAACCUUUUUGGUAUUCAUAGAAUAAAAGAAAGUUUGUUAUUAAACAGACCUUGUUAUGUUGGAAUGUGCAUUCUAGAUUUAUCAAAAUAUUUAAUGUAUGAUUUUCAUUAUAAUUACAUUAAGGAAAAGUACGAGGGUAAUUGUAAAUUACUAUUCACUGACACUGAUUCAUUAUGUUAUGAAAUAAAAACUAAAGAUGCAUAUGAGGAUUUUUAUAAGGACAAAGAUUUAUUUGAUAAUAGUGAUUACGAUAGUAAUUCAAAAUUUUAUUUCGACAAUAAUAAAAAAGUAAUUGGAAAAUUUAAAGAUGAAGCUGCCGGCAUUCCCAUUGUUGAAUUUGUCGGAUUAAGAAGUAAAAUGUAUUCAUAUUUAUUAGAAAAUGAAGUUAACAUUAAAAAAUGUAAAGGAAUUAAAAAACUUGUUGUUAAGAAAACAAUAGUUCAUAAAAAUUAUAAAGAUACUUUGUUUAAUUCAACCCAAAGUAAUCACACCUUUAAAGUUAUUCGUUCUGAUAAACACAAUCUUUCCAGUUAUGUUAUAAAUAAAACAUCUUUAUCAUGUUAUGACGAUAAAAGAUAUAUUCUUGAUAAUGGUAUUGAUACAUUAGCUUAUUCUUAAAUUAAAAUUUUAAUUAACUCUUAAAUUAUAGAACCAUAAAUUGUUAACUGAAUAUUCAUAACGUUUAAAGAAUUAAUAUAAAUAACAUCAUUUAUUUUAAAUUCAUUUGCAUAAUUAAUAGAAAUAGAUUCAUUUUCUCUAUUAUUUUUUACAUGAUAACUUUGAAGAAUUACAUUUUCUUUAUUCUUUAUUUGUAAUUUAGCUUCUCCUUUAUCUAAUUUAAUUGCAUCAACAAGAAUAAUUAAAAUGCAAUUAAAAUUAAUUGUUACAUUAUUACCAUUUUGAACUAAACCAGGACUAGCAUUUACAGUUUUCCAUUGAAAUAAUCCACCAUCGGUAUCUUGGGUAUAACAUGUUAAAAACAAUGGAGGUUUUCUUAUUAAUUGUUUUUCUAUUUUAUUUACUUUUUCAUUUAUAUUAUUGAAUAUUCCCAUUAUAUUAAUUAUUCCAGUUAAAUAAAUGUCCUUUUUUAUUAAAAUAAUUUAUAAUAGUUUGUUCAUUUUGUUUUACAUUAUUAAUUUUUAGUAUUUUAUACAAUAAAUCAUACAACGGUACUUUAUCUUGUAACAUUUUAAUGAAAAAUAAACAAUAAUAUCCGCAAAGCAUACUUGUUUUGUCUUGAUAUUGAACAUUGUUGUAUUUUACAUUUGGUAUAUACUUAAUUACUUCUUUCGGCGGAGGAAGUCCAAAUGGAUCAAAGUACAAAGUACUUUUCAGAAAACUUUUAGUUUUAUCGAAAUACAAAGUAUUAAAGUAACAAACCCAAUGUGUUCCAGGACCAAUAGAGUCGUCCAAAUUUAUAAUUCCACACUCGUCCUUUUCUUUUAAUUUUAAUAAAUUAUUUCUACUAAAUACACCCCUAAAGUUUUUAAUUUUUAAUUGUUUUACCCAUUGUUCAAUUUCAAAGUUAGAAAUAGGUUUGUUUAUAAAUUUUAUUUUUUUUUUACUAUAGGAAUUCGUCUGUAAGGUCUCCGUUGUGAAUCAAUCUGUAGUCCUUUUCCACUUAACAAAGAUGUAAUCAAAGGUAUUCCUAGACUAGCAGCCA